AUGAGCAACGAAAUAGAAACAGAUUUAACUAAAACAGAGUCUCUAAAUGAUGAAAAAGAAGAAUUAAAAGAUAAUAUUGAACAAAGAACAGUACCGAGUAUUGCUGAUGUACAGUCAUUUUGUGCAGAAUUUCAUAUCAAAGUUGAUAAUGCAGUCGGUAUACGUCCAUGGUUACAAUUUAGUGACACUAAUUUUUCGGAAAAAAUUUUAAAACAAUUUGAAGAAGAUGAAUUUGAUAUGCCAACUCCUAUUCAAUCUAUAGCUUGGCCUAUUCUUAGUCAAAAUCGAGAUCUUGUAGGUAUAGCAAAUUCAGGAAGUGGAAAAACACUUGCCUUUAUUCUUCCUCUUAUCUUUCAUAUUCGUCAACAAAUAAAUGAUAAUUCUAUAGCUAUUAUUUUAACAUCUACUCGAGAAUCAGUACAAUAUAUUUAUAGUACAGCUCAAUCAUAUUUUAAUUUAUUUGAUAUUAAAUCAAUUUGUAUUAUAAAUGGAGAUGAACAUGAAAAACAAAUUAAUGAAAUUUGUGAUGGAAAAAUUGUUUAUAUAUGUUUAUUAAAUCGUUUAAAUGAUCUUUUAGAACAACAAUUAAUAAAUAUUCAUCAUGUUACAUUUAUUGUACUUGAUGAUAUUGAUAAAAUGAUUGAUUUAGGUUUAGAAACACAAAUUAGAAAAUUUCUUGAUAAUUUUAAAACGAUCAAUACCGAUGAAAAACAACAUCAAGUUCAAAUGUCUAUAUUUUCUGCUACAACACAAAAAUCUAUUAAAUCUUUAGCUGAUAAUUAUUUAACAAAUUAUGUUCAUGCUAGUGUUGGUUAUUUAUCUGAACCUCAUCCUUUUACAUAUUUUAAUGUUCAACAAAUAGUUGAUUUUUGUCCAACAGAACAAUAUAAAAAACAAAAUCUUUUUCGAGUUCUUGAUGAUGUUUGUGCUUAUGCACCAUUAAGAAAAACUAUUAUAUUUGUUCGUACACGUGAUAAAGUUAAUCGUUUAAAUAAAGAUCUUGAAGAAAAUGGAUAUAAAGCAUUACUUUUACAUGGUUCAAUAAAUCAACAAACGCGAAAUGAAAUUCUUAAAGAAUUUCGUGAAAAUUCAAAUGUACUUUUACUUACAACUGAUGUUGCUUCAAGAAGUUUCGAUGUUGAUGAUGUACGAUUUGUAAUUAAUUAUGAUUAUCCAACAUCAGAUGCUGUUUAUAAACAUAGAAUUACACGAAUAGCUAAUUGUAGUAUAGCAUUUACAUUUUUUUCAAAUGAAGAUGCUAAACAUGCACCAGCACUUAUUCAUAUUUUGGAUGAUGCUGUACCUGAAUAUCCGGUUUUUACCAAUUACGACAGUUUUGAUGGUGAUGGUCCAGAAAGUUGGAUAAAUAUGAACGAAGAUUUACCACCAAAUUUAAUGACUAUAGAUUUAAGUUCAUUUGAUUCCAGUCAAUUACGUCCAACACCAUUACCACUUUUAAAUUCGAAUGGAGCACUUAAUGAACUUGAUGUAAAUACACGAAUGAAAAAUUUUCAAGAUUAUAAACAACGUUGUCAAAUGAUAGAACGUUUAUCAUGGAAUGAUAAUCAGAAUGAUAAUAAUAAUUGGAAUAAUAGUGGUGGUUGGUCGAAUCCCGAUAAUGAAAAUCAAAAUCAAAAUAAUAAUAAUCUUGAUUUAUCUCAAAAACAAUCAUCAUUACCUAAUGAUAAUAAUCAAUGGAAACCUCCACAAACAUUAGAUGCUGAAACAAAUCCAGCUAUUAUUUAUGCUAAAGCAAGUAGUGAAUAUCAUAUUGAAUAUAAUCAAUAUACAACUGCAUUACAACAAGCUAUGCUUGCACAACAAUCAGGUGCACAAAUAACACCAGAACAACAACAAUAUUUAAUUGCAUUUCAACAAAAAUUACAAGUUAAACAACAACAACUUCAAGUUAUGCAACAAGCAGCUGCUCUAACAACAGCUUCAACACAAAAUGUAUGGCCUCAACAACAAACCAAUAUAAAACCACAACCAACGAAUGAUUUAUCUAAAACAGUUACUGAUGCUCAACAAGCAUGGAUGCAACAAUGGAUGAAUGCUGGUUAUGACGUAUCACAAAUUGCAGCAUAUCAUCAAUGGUAUGCACAAAUGCAAGUAGCUGCAUCAUUAGCCGCAUCGGCAGCUAUUUCUCAAGCACAAAUUCCAACGACAACUACUACUUACAAUGGAAUACCUAAUAAUACUAAUCAACCAUCGACAGUGACUAUAUCAGCACCUCCGACUGUUUCAUCAUCAACAGCAAGUGCAGCACAACGUGCUUAUGCUGCAUAUAGCAAUCGAACAUCAACAUCAUGA